AUGGUACUUUUCUUGACCCGCGUAAAGUACGGUGGGUUGGUGCCCAGGACCUUUGGCCGGAAGCUCUCCGCGACGACCGCCAGCGGCGAUCACUGCAGCAUCGCCCAAGAGAGAAAGAGUCUCGAGUGGCGCCUGACGUGCAUGGGCCAGGGGGAAGCGAGGAAGUUCCGGCCGAAGGGGAAAGGAUAUGACCGGGUACUUUUGACUUUGGGAGCGCGUAAGACGAUCCGCGGACCCAGCGCAGGAAUGCCAACAAGGGGGCUGACAGACUAUUUUUUUUUUGACAGCGGCAUGGUUCCAACAGUCAAUCGGAGCCACGACGGUCGGCGCUCCUCCAGAUUCAGACAGUCGAAUCCCAUCCCUCGGGAUGGUGGCGCUGCGAUUUCUGUCAGGGAGUUUCGGCCCGCUCCCGACAUGCACGAGGCAUAA